CUCUCUGUCGAUACUCAUUUUCGAGGAUCGAUCGUAAUUCUCUGAUUAUCGCAAAGGGCCGCGCUGACGUGCCCGUUGAAGUUGAAGAAGCGCAACAGCGUGCCACGGGCAGAUUACGUCCAGCACGUGCGACAGAAAUGAGCAGGAUCAAUCUCAAAGAAGCAUUCGAAGUAGAAUGCAAGCACGGUGCUUUUUACACCGGUGGAAAUAUACAGUGGAGCAGAGAUGGAGAGCACUUGUUCUGUCAGAAAGGAGGCAGUAUAUCAGUGAUAUCUUUACAGAAAGGCUCUGUGAUAUCGCUGGUGGGGCAAACACAUGUCAAGGAAGAAGAAGAUACAAUACACUGUUUUGCUCUUGACAAUGACGAUACAAAUAUAAUUACUCAUCAUAAAAGCGGAUUGUUCAAAUUGUGGGACUGGAAAACUGCACAAUUGACCAAACUAUGGAAGUCUAUUCACAAAGGACCAGUAGCGCAGAUAACUCUUCUGAGUGGCAUCACUUUAAUGGCAUCCGGUGGCAGUGACGGGGCUGUCAGAUUGUGGGAUCUUCAACAUCAUGCUUGUACACACAGUCUCAAAGGUGUGCAGGGAGUAAUUAGUGUAUUAAAAUUUCAUCCAAAAACCGAAAAACACCUUCUUUUCGCCGCUGGCGAUGACACAAAAAUUCACGGUUGGAACAUUAAAACAGGAAAGGAAAUAAUUACUCUUACCGGACACUUCAGCAAAGUUACUUCGCUCAGUUUUCACGAAAAUAACAAUUACUUAGUUAGUUCAGGACGAGAUAAGGUGCUGAUCUUAUGGGAUAUAUCGUCCGGAACAUCGGUGCGUGUUUUACCGGUUUACGAAGGAAUAGAGGGCGCGUUUAUAGUGUCCGCUCAGAAUCUACCGGUAUUUAUCAAAUCACGUAAAAGCAGCGACGUUUACGUUGCUGCGGCUGGUGAAAAAGGUGUUGUCACAAUUUGGGAAAUGAAGUCAGGUAGACAGAUUUACAAACAGGAUAAUUCUCUGGUAUCGCCAGCUAAGGAAGAAGGAGGUUUGUCGAUUACGCAUUUACUUUACAACAGUAUUCACAAUAUUUUCGCAGUGGUGUCCGUUGAUCACAAUAUAAUCAUUCAUUCGUUGGAAUUGUUCGAGUGCAAAAAACAGUUGGUGGGUUACAGCGACGAGAUCUUGGAUGUUGUUUAUCUCGGAGAUAAUGACAGUCACAUCGCACUCGCGACCAAUAGCAGCGACAUAAAGGUUUACGAACUCGCUACUAUGAAUUGUCAGUUGCUGUGCGGUCACACCGAUAGCGUUUUGGCUCUCGCUACGACAUUAGCAAACGCGAAUCUGCUUAUAUCUGCGGCUAAGGAUAACAGUAUUCAUAUGUGGUUGCUGGAUAAAGAAACAGCAAGAAUGUCCUGCAUCGGACGUGCCGUCAGGCACACAGCGUCGAUCAGUUCCGUCGCUAUAUCCCAGUUAUCACCCAAAUUCUUCGCCACUGUCGCUCAAGAUUCGUGUUUGAAAUUGUGGGACUUUCCCGACAGUCUCUUGCCACACGACACGGAUUUGCCAUUGAAUGUAAGUCACACGGUAUUGGCACAUCAAAAAGAGAUAAACUGCGUAACUGUUUCCCCGAAUGACAAACUGAUUGCUACGGCGUCGCAAGAUAAAACUGCUAAGCUGUGGUCUGCUGACGAUUUGCAAUUGCUCGGGGUGUUCCACGGUCACCGAAGGAGCGUUUGGUGCGUUCGAUUCUCGCCGGUGGAUCAAGUCCUGUUGACAACAUCUGCCGACUGUACGAUGAAACUCUGGUCUUUGACGGAACUCAACUGUCUGAAAACAUUCGAAGGACACGAAUCCUCUGUUUUAAGAGGAGAAUUCCUGUCGCGCGGUAUGCAGUUAAUAACGUCGGGCGGAGAUGGUCUCAUAAAAUUAUGGAGCAUCAAAACGUCCGAAUGUGUGUGCACCCUGGACCAGCACGAGAGUCACGUUUGGACGCUCGCUGUCAGCAAGGAUCAGAAACACAUCAUCAGCGGGGGUAGCGACUCGUUGUUGGUUAUUUGGAGGGACGUAACCGAGGAGAGGAAAGAACAGGUCGCGGCAAAAAAGGAAAAGCUCGCGCUCGAGGAGCAAAAGUUGGCGAAUUUAUUGCAAAAGGACGAGCUCCAGGCUGCGUUGCGAUUGGCUCUGAAGUUGGAGCGUCCCUUACAAGCUCUCAGGAUCACAGAAGCUGUAUUGAAAAAAGGAAACAACGAACUCGUAGAAAUAAUAAAGGAGUUGAAACCAGCUCGUAAAGAAGCCUUGCUUAAAUGCGCGGUUACGUGGAACACAAACAGUCGUAAUUCACAUGUCGCUCAGAUGGUUAUAAACGCCUUGAUAACGGAAAUAGGCACACAGGACCUGCGAGUACCAGGCCUGUCUUCCACCCUAGAAGCCAUGAUACCUUACACCGACAGGCACUUUAAGAGAUUAACAAAACUUUUGCAAGAUCUUCAUUUGUUAACAUACACCGUCAAUCGUAUGAAACCUGAUAUUGUGUUAAUUAACAAUAAAUAAGACCGGGGAACUGCCCGUCGUUCAGCGACGCCAUGACGCAGACGGAACUCCUGCAGGAACUGGCGAACGAGUGUCGUUACGA